AUGAAAAUCCUUUUGCUCGAUUUGUGUAGGAUGGCUGGGUUAUUCAAAGAACAUCAUUAUCCUGCGGCUACUUUUACAACAUCAGUGCUUCUGACGUCCAUGAGAUGGACGCAAACUUCCAACUCAUUUUUUCGGACGCAAACAUCAAGAGCUUUGAAAUUAUCAAAGCAAUUCAACAUUACAGGCAAACCUUCUUGUGUAAAUAAAUAA